GCGAGCCCGUCCCUGCUCAGGGAGAAGCUGCUGCAGCAGAGAGACAACGUGGAGCAGACCCGGCUGAAGAAGGUGAAGAAGGAGAUGGAGGAGAUGCAGGAGGCCAAGAGGAGGGAGCGGGAGGACCGGGACCGGCUGAAGGAGGAGCACCGGAGGAGGUUUGAACAGGAGAAGGAGAGAAGGAGGGAGGACAAGGAGCGCAGGAAGCUGGAGAAGGACAGGGAACGAGAGAAGCUGAAGGAGGAGAAGAAGAAAUACGCCGAGCGACUGAAGCUGUGGAGCAAACCCAGAGAAGACAUGGAGUGUGAAGACCUGAAGGACCUGCCCAGUCCGGUCCCAGUGCAGACCCGUCUCCAGGCCGAGCUGUUUGGUGAAGCUCUGAUGGUCCUGGAGUUCCUGCGGGCGUUCGGAGAAGUCUUCGACCUGAAGGACGAGUUCCCCGACGGAGUCUCUCUGGGUCAGAACUCUCUCACAACUAGACCAGGACCCGGUCAUCUAGACCAGGACCCAGUCAACUAG